AUGGUUCAUGCUUAUUUCCCUUCUUCGUCGAUUUGGUAUGAUUACUAUGGAGGUCAACAAGUGUCUCCUGGAACGGAUGGAUAUGCUGAUGUUAAUGCUCCAUUGGAUACCAUGCCAAUUCAUAUUCGAGGUGGAUACAUUAUUCCAAAACAAACACCAGGUUUGAGUACUGCCCAACAGAAAUUCAAUCCUUAUAAUUUAGUAGUUGCUUUGGAUUCGAAUCAAAAAGCUCAAGGUUAUCUCUUCUUAGACGAUGGAGAAUCCAUUGAUUCCAUUGUGAGUGGAAAUUAUGCAAUGAUAUCAUUCAACUCCACGCGUGCCUCUUCCUCCCAAUAUGUGAUUCAAGCAACACCUGUUGUGAAUGGUUACACUGAAUCGAGCAAGCUUUCAAUGACUUCAAUUAUGACCCUUGGUGUUCAGGGUCGCAGUAUUUGUUCAUUGAGUGUGAAUGGCCAGCCAUGGUCAUGGUAUGGAUUUGAGUCAAAUAUUGGCCGAUUAUUCAUUCAAAAUUUAUCAUUGAGCUUGUCUACAUCAUGGAAGAUUGUUUUCGAGACUUGUUAA